CCGUCGCGAGUGGUCUCUCGUCGCUCCGUCCUUCCUCGCAGGCAUCACGCAACAGCUCCCCAGGAUGACGAACCCGAGCCUGAGAGACGGGGCGAGCCAAGACACCGCCUCCGCCUCCAGGGACGUCUCGGAGAAGGGCAAGAAGACCCACCUCUCAGCCAAGCCGCCCCUGCAUCGGAACAUCUCAAGGGCGCAGCUCAAGGAAUUCCGCGAGGCCUUCCGCCUGUUCGACAAGGACGGCGACGGCACCAUCACCAAGCAGGAGCUGGGUCGCUUCAUGAGGAACCUCGGCCAGUUCGCCACCGAGGAGGAGCUCAGGACGAUGCUGGAUGAGAUCGAUAUUGACGGCGAUGGCACGUUCAGUUUUAAUGAAUUCGUGGAGAUCGUGUUCAACAUGGGCGGAGCAGGAGACCGGCCGGCGGAGGACGAGGAGAAGGAACUUAGGGAUGCCUUCAAGAUCUUCGACAAACACGGCCGGGGUUACAUCUGCGCCAGCGACCUCCGAGCUGUGUUGCAGUGCCUGGGAGAGGAUUUAUCAGAAGAAGAAAUCGAAGACAUGAUCCGGGAAGUGGACAUCGACGGAGAUGGGCGCAUCGACUUCGAGGAGUUCGUCAAGGCUUUGGGCGAAAACGAAGAAGACGAAGAACAAAGAGAAGACGAUGAUGACGAGGAAGAGGAGAAGAAGUGAACAAGUCUCGCGUUCAGCAGUGUACUUAGUUUUAAUCUGUGUUCAGUAAUCAUGAUAAGGAUAAGUUUGUGGUUAUGUUCUCGUGUGCCAAAGUGAGGAACUGCAACGCAAGGUAAAAUAAAUGAUAAUGACAGCAAAUCAAAAGAAGAGUUUGUUAUAAUUAUGAUGAUGAUAACGGUAAUGACCAUAAUGAUGAUGAUGCUAACUUUAAUGAUAAUAAUGAUAAUGGUAGUAAUGAUGUUUAUUUAUUAUUAUAAUGAUAAUGAUUACAGUAAUGAUAAUGGGAAUGAUAAUAGUAAUGAUAAUAAUGAUAAUAAAAACAAGGAUGAUGAUGGUGAUAAUAGAAGGAUGGAUGAUAAUGAAAGAAUGCCAAUAAUGAUCAUGAUAUUGAAAGAUAAUAAUAAUGCAAUGAUACGGAUAAAAUAGUUUGCAUAAUGCUGGUGAUGAUGAUAAUAUAUCCUCUCAAAUGAAAAGAAAAGUUUUACAGAUAAUUAGCAUCAAUAACAUUUUUCUUCUUUCUUUUUUAUGUAAUUACAAAAACUGUUAUAUGUAUAUAUCUACCUGAAUAUCAAGCUGGGCAGAAAUGGCUUCUGGUUUAAAUGAUAUAAGAGAAUCAUACUUAUAUAUAAAUUCAACAUAUGUAUGUAUAAAAUGUUGAAUGUUGAUAUUGAUGUUAUGAUUUGUGACUGUGUUCCUGGUAUAGAAAUUGUCCAUCUGUGUUUUUCUUGUUAUAUUGUAACUUUCUUUGUCAGCGGAAUUUGUAAUUGUUUUUCUUAGUAUGUCUGCAUUAGACGCACUUAAA